AUGAAAGUUAUUUUUGAAUAAUUUUUUGAGCAAAAGUGAUUAUUAAUUUAAAAUGCAGGAGACGUGAUCCUAUGAGUGUUUUGGCCGACGGUCUGCCAUCUAUGGUGGCUGGCCAUCCUUUUACCUCAACAACCUUUUCAUCUUUAAUCCCUAAAGCUGAUAAAACCACUUCUAUGAACCCUAAUUUGCCUUUUGAGAAUUAUGCAAGGGCAGUGACGAAUAAUUCUCAACAAUCUGGAUCCAUUAGCCGCAAAGAAAUUGUCAUGAUUGAAGGAAUUCCACACAUCAAAUGGACUGAGGAGGAGGUGGAUAUUAUGAACAGGAUGGAGAAUCUUCAAUAUGCAGUGAUAGGAAAAUUCAUGUAUGAAUGGUCAGAUCUUGAAGAAUUGAGGUUGAUUAUACCUCUACAAUGUGAUAUCAAAGGAGAUUGUCAAAUUGGUCUAUUUCGUAGUAAACACAUUCUCAUACGCGUUACCCAACAUGCUGAUUUUAUUAAUCUGAUAUCUAAAGGAGCUUUCUAUAUUAAGUGCAAAGAUGGGUAUUCAUAUCUCAUGCGCACUUUAAUAUAUGAUGCAAGAUUCAGAAUUAAUGAGGAAACCACUAAGGCGAUGGCAUGGAUAUCAUUUCCUAACCUUUUACCCACGUAUUUUGUUAAAGAAUGCUUUUUUUCUUUAGAUUCCGCAGUUGGGAAACCCCUCCAACUUGAUCUAGCCACUAUUAAUAAAACUAGACCAACUUGUGCAAGGGUAAAAGUGUUGAUUGAUUUGAAAGGAAAGCUCCCAAAAUCAGUUCUCAUGGAUAUUGUUAAUGAAGUGGGGAGCAGAGAACAAAAGUUAUAUCUAUCUGGUCAAAAGGUCAACAAGGAUAAAAAUGCCUUUUAUAUUCAUCAAAAUAUUGCAGCUGAUGUGAGGCAACUGGUAGAGGAGAGUAUAGGUAUCUCUAGAGGCCGGUUCUCUUUAAAAUAUCUCGGAUGUCCUAUAACACACUCAAGAAAGAGAAAGGAACAUUAUGUUGAUCUUAUUAAUAAAGUGAAAUCUAAGCUACAGUUAUGGAAAGGGAAUAUGUUGUCUUAUGGUGGUAAAGAGGUUUUGAUUACAAGUGUGUUGCAAAGUGUUCCGAUUCAUGUGAUUUCAGCAAUUGUGCCCCCAAAAUGUGUCAUAAAGGAGUUGCAUAGGAUUUUUGCCAAUUUUUUUUGGAGUAACAAAGUGACAGGUAGAAGUAAGCACUGGGCUGCUUGGGUUGAAGUGUGCUUUCCUAAACAAGAAGGGGGUUUGGGGUUCAAAUCUCUAUUUGAAAUCUCCCAAGCUAUGCAUGCAAAACUAUGGUGGAGGUUUAGAACACAAAACUCUUUAUGGUCACAUUAUAUGUGGAAUAAAUAUUGUCAACUCUAGUACAAUGGAAAGGUGGAUCCCAACAAUGGAAGUUCAUACUCCAAAAUAGGGACUGUAUUGAGAAAUAUUUGUGGUGGGAACCUAAACGGGGUUCAUCUACUGUAUGGUAUGAUAAUUGGACUAGUUUGGGACCUUUACACACUCUUCAAUUAGAUAUUUCUUCAUGCCAUCCUUUAAUUGAUAUUGAAGUAUUUUUGAAGGAUACUGGAUGGGAUUACAUAGAGAUGGAAAACCAUGUGCCAGUCCAUCUUGUUGAUUUUAUUAAACAACAUAUGGAUUGUGUCAGACAAAGUGAUGGGAGUGAUAAACCUUGGUGGCUUAAAACUAGCUCUGGAAUAUUUUCUGUCAGAGCUGCUUGGGAACUACUGAUAAAAGAAAGUGGAGGCUUCUGAUUAUUUCAAGAAGAUUUGGGUGAAAGGCUUACCUUUCAAAAUUUAUUUUUUUGGGUGGAGAGUAUGGACUAAUAGAGUUCUUGUGGCUGCAACUUUAGCAAAAUGGAACCCUAAUAUCUCUCAGUUAUGCUCAUGUUGUUCAAGGCAGGAAAAUGAAACAAUGGAGCAUUUAUUUUUGAAAAGAGAGAUUGCUACUUCUGUUUGGAAUUAUUUUUCUUCUGUUGCAGGUAUUAUUGAUCCCAGAGUUCAAAUUAAAAAAAUUUGACAGUUUGGUGGGAAGCACAAAGUAAUUCUAGACAGAAAGUAAUUUUUCAAGCUGUACCUAACAUUAUUUUGUGGUUUUUAUGGAAAAGGAGGAAUGUUGUUUUACAUGGGGAGAGCUAUUCAACAAGCAAGUUGUUUUGGGAUAUCACCAGCACAAUUCAUAAAUUUAUGAGUUUGAAAUUUAAUUAUCCAGAAAUUCCCAAUUCAUGGCCUCAAAUGGUCGAGCUUUUCGAUGCUUACCGUCCAGAGUUUCAUAGAAAGGUGGUUACAUGGAAUAAAACUCCACAAGGAUGGUGGAAGUGUAAUACAGAUGGAGCGUCUAGAGGUAAUCCAGGUUAUAGUUCAACAGCCUUUUAUGUGAGAGAUAAUUAUGGAGAAUUGUUGGGAGCAAAAGGUAUAAAAUUAGCAGAGUCUACUAAUUUAGUAGCUGAAGCCAUCGCCAUUAAGGAAGGAGUUCAUUACUGCUGGGAAAAAGGAUAUUCAAAUAUUAUUAUUGAAACAGAUUCUUUGGCCAUGGUGAAUAUUAUAAAUGGUAUCUGGGAAGUUCCUUGGAGUAUGACAAUGGAGGUCAACUCUAUUAGAAGGCUAAAGGAUCUUUUGACAGUAAGAGUACAACACUCCUUUAGGGAGGGAAAUACUCUUGCUGAUUAUUUUAUUAACCUAGUUUUUGAUUUUGCAGGCACCUAUGAAUUUCAUAAUUUUCAGGAAGUCCCAUUAAAAGGCAAGAAAAUCAUUCUACUUGAUAGGAAGAGUUGUCCUAAUUUGAAGAUCAGACAAACAAAGGAUGCAGGGGCAACAUCAUAAGUUGGUCACUAUACCAUGCAGCUGGUGAGAGCUUGAGGUGUUAAUAAUGGUAUGUUACCAAGACUCAUGGGUUAUUAGUAAUGUGUUUACUUGUCUAAUGAUUAGUGUUCAUUCACAGAAGAUAUGGCUAAUUUUAAGUGGCUUUAGUUUUGGGGGAUAUCAACUUAAGAUGGUGGUAUUAACCUGAUUUGGGUUCAAUCCAUUAAAGAUGAUAUUUAAAGAAUCUAAACGAUCUUAGGAUCUGCGAUUAUCAAAGAGGUCAAAUACUAUAUUAAGAUCCUUUUCAUGAGAUUUGAAUGAUACCUGGAAGCAACCAUAGUAUCAUUGCAACUUGGAGGUUAAAUAGAAACCGUAGUUCAGCUUGGAAAUGUAAAGGAUGAUUUCUGUCAAAAUAGGCACAAGAAGAAAGUUAAUCAAAGAAAUUGAAGGUAAAAUGAAAUUCUUACCUUGGUUGGUAUUCCCAAACUUCCGAUCUGAAGGAACCAAUUGAAGAACUUCGAUUGUUGGAGAUCUUGAGAAAAGAACCGUUUGAAGGAGUAUCAUUUUCGUGGAAUUUU